AAAUAGCUAAACCACGCCCCCGAGCCACCAGGCCCACUCAGUCAAGCCCCCGACCCCCCAAGCCCCGCCCCGUCAUCCCCGCGGAGCGCCGCGCGGCCCGAAGGCGGCGGCCAUGCCUCUGGCCAAGGACCUGGUGCACCCCUCCCUGGAGGACGAGCGCAGGAAGCACAAGAAGAAACGGCUGGUGCAGAGCCCCAACUCCUACUUCAUGGAUGUGAAGUGCCCAGGAUGCUACAAGAUCACCACCGUGUUCAGCCAUGCUCAGACAGUAGUUUUGUGUGUAGGAUGCUCAACUGUCCUGUGUCAGCCUACUGGGGGCAAAGCCAGGCUCACAGAAGGCUGUUCGUUUAGAAGAAAGCAACACUGAACACUUCAGCUUGUGGUUUCUGUGUUCCCAAAAGCCUUACCAGUUUAAAAAUGCCUGUAAUACAAUGUAAUUAUGACUGAUUUUGUAAAAAUUACAUACUUCCGGUGACUGACUAAUGAGCUGGAAUCUCUUUUUCAAUAAAUGAUUUGAAGUGCAAAUUUUUCCUGCACGUUUGCAGACAAUUGAGCUCUAUUUUUAUAAUUUUACUUUUGAAGAGUGUAUUGUUAAUUGGGUGGUGUCAUUUAAUAGGAAAAAACCUUGGACUUGGUGCAUUGUUCUCCUUGUUAAUCAUCAGCUACAGCAGCGCAAUGCAUACAGUGACACAAAUUGCUGCGAGAAUGCAUUUUGUAUACUUUAUAACUGCAAGGGCUGCAAAAGCUAUUAGAUAGAGUUAAAAUGGCUCAUUUGCUUUCAAGAUUGCUUUAGACCCUUUACUGUGUUAUGUGAUGAUAAAUAAAAAUAUGAAGUUACUCACAUUCAGCUGGUUUUCUGGAAUGCUUGGUUUCCCCUCCCUCUGACCUGGUCUCAAAACUGCAGUUUUGAUAUUUAUACUGAAAUGUCUAUUAAAAAAAAAGUCUUUUGCAAAAUGCUAAAAGCAUUCAGUAGAGAGAAGGCAUAUGGUAUGGAAGCAACACUAGGGUCAGCACACUAUGUUAACAGCUGGGAACAGUAUCCAGUCAUUAAAAAAGCUAGUUCAGCAAAACCAUGAAUAUUUCCAUUAUUACAUACUGACAUUAAACUAUUAACAUUUUGCAAUGAAGAAACAGGAAUUUUAGCUAAAAGCCAUAAUAAUAAUGAUACGAUAAAAAGAGGAUUUAGAAAAAAAAAACCACACGAGAAAACAUUCAAAGUCCUACGUGUAUCUUACUUCAAGUUCUGUAUCAACAUUGUUCUAAAGUAUCGGGUGUUUCGAGCUCAUUAUUGUUGGAAAAUUCUAUUUAACCUGUAUUCUUUUAAUGACUUUUAAAACUUUUGUUUCUAGUCAAUAAGAAAACCUGCAAAAACCAAUAUUACAAUUUGUUGCAUUUGCAAUAUAAGUUUUAUUUCAGUUAAUUCAAACAGUGAACAUUUAUAACUGCCAGAUGCAAAAAGUAGGUGUUUGAUACAGAAAUAGAUGCAUCAAUUUCAUAUACAUGCCUUUUAAGAAAAGCACAGUUUUAGUAUGUCAAAGCCAUACUGUUUGCACAAUUAAGAGCAAGUUUAUCAUGAAAGCUGCUCUUAAUUGACCAGUUUCCCACACUUUACGCCAGUCCAUUGAGUAACUGGUUUCAGAGGAAGGAUCCAAGUAGCAAUACUAAUUCACUCAUGAGCUGCAUACAUGUGCUAAGGCUAGAUUGACUCCUGGUCUAACAUACUUUUCUUCCUUUUCUUCCUCCACCCUAAACAAUACAAACUCAAGUUGAUGUAAAUACCAAAUCAGAGAAAGUGACCCAUUUUGUUCCAAGUACUGGAAGCUGAAAUUUAGACAUCACAGCAUCUCCAAUACUGUACAUGUGACAAAAAGAGGCUUUUUAAAAGCCUUAAGCUAUGGGAGGUACAGUAUAAAGAACACAGUAUGCAUAUAAAAAGUUGGUGGUUAAACUUCACUUUCUUCACGUUCUUCACUUUCAUACAUACUUCCAAUACUUUUUAUUUAUUUAUUGGUGUUUGGUCAUAUACAGACAAGCGUAAUGGUAAACCUACACUUUCUAUAAUACGUUCUGAAUCUUUGUCUAAACCCAAACACUAUGGUCAGUGAGUGAUACUUGUUUUCUCCCAAGGAUGCAAAAUGGUUUUCAAGAACAAUGAAUACCAUUUGCAAACCAGAUGUAUCAAACAGGAACAGUAUGUUAUAAAUCCUAUAAUAGUGUCACUUUUCUGACUUUCUAUAUUUAAGACAUUGUAUUUGGUCAUUUCUAUUCAACUGAGAACCACUUACUCUUGUUCCCUGUGUGAAGCGGGCAAUGACUCCUGCUGCUGCUGCCUGCUUAUCCAGCCAGGAGGUGCUCAAGACUGGAAAAAAAACCCGCUGCUAUUGUAGAAGACGCUCACCUCCAGUACUUCUGUAUUGGAACUGUCAAACAAUAUCAAUGACUUCAGUGGAAGAGUAGAUAAUUUACUGCCUGAACAAAUUAAAUUUUGUUCAGAAAGGUUCUCUGUGUUGUCUCUACUGAUUUGAUAUUCUUGAGAUAAAACCAAAGCAUUAUUAAUGAAUAAAAAAGUGAAAUUUUGGUGAGUGGGCCAGAAAACAUGAGCAAUUAGUUUAGCUUUUACUGUUUUAAGGCACAAGAAUGGUUGUAAUAAUGACGAAUACUAUAGCAGUCCUGCUAGCUUCAAUUAAAAAUGUAAGUAAACACUCACAUCUCAAAAUAUUAAAUUUCCUGGCUUCUCAGUCUUGGGUAAUGAAUGUUUUCAUGCCACACUGGGAACAGGGAUGACAGCAAGUUGUUCCAUCACAGAGCAGGUAACAACUACGAAGUCAAUACCAAAAGCACUAAUUUGGGAAAGAAGCAAGUUAAGGCUGUCUUCUGCUAGCUGCUAUGUGAGACAUCCCGCUCCUUAACUCAGAGAAGCUGAGCUGCUGAACAGUACAGGGAUGUUACUCAAACCUGCCUUGAAGGAGAUUUGGGGUUGUCUGAGCCUGGAAAUGCUGUCUGAUAUAACUGCUGGGAAAGUGAGGUGGGGCUAAAUCUUGGCAGUCACCAAGAUCUUCCACACCAUUAUGGAAUUAAUAUAAUCAAUUAUUAUUGUAUUCCUAUAGUAAAACUGAAGUAAAACGCUUCUUUAGAACUCUCACAAUUGCUCUUUCAACCUUGUGCAAAAGCACCUCCUUGAGGCAGGUCUCCAAAUGGAAAAAAAGGAUGGUUUUCAAAAAAAACCUCUCAAAGUUUGUGAGACUUCUGCUGGCUUCAAGAAUGGGCCUGAAAUUUUAUUGCAUUAUUUGAGUUCCCAAUUGCUGUAUGUAAAGGAAUAUCUACAGUAACGACUACAGUGCCAUUUCUAGCUACCAAAGUUAGCUAGAAUGUGUGUAUCCCUCAAAAACAAUGAGACAGUUCAACAGCUCACUAUGUUGUGGAAUUCAGGCAUAAUAACCUUAUUUCACAGCAAACUAGUUUCACACAUUCUGUGUCCAAUAAAAAAAUGGAAGAGAACAUCUAAACAACAAAAAUAUUUUUACUUACAUUAGUCUAGCUUGAUUCUUUCCUAAUUCUUAACAAUCCACAGCUCGGACAGAAACAUACUUCUGGUAUAAACCUGCAUUCUGGAGGUAGAUCUGGGUUUUGUCAUGGUUUUUUUUUGCUUUUU